UUGAUUACCAGCUGUUGAUUUGAUAAAAAACUAAAAAUAUUAAGUAUCAAAUAUGUGGGAGCCGCCACGACUAAGCACAUCCUUGCGAGCCAAGACCGAACUGGAGGCCAGGACUCGUCUAUUCAGUCGUAGAAAACAUGCAAGAACGGCUGCCUCCACACCAGCAAAUGGUCACGAUCAGGCGCUUGGAGGGCAAACUAUAGCAAAGCUCUUGGCCCACAUGCCGCCUGGAAAACAACCGGAGGCAAAGGUUCAUCUUCACAAACUGCGAAAUCUGGUGCAAGAGUGCAUGGGCUAUGAGGAGCAGCCGCAGGUGGUGGAACAUGCGGCUCUUUACUUGUUUUGGCUACUGCUGGAGCAACGGGUUAUGCUGGUGGCUACCACCAAUCGAUUGCAUAGCAUGUUUGGUCAAACCUUCGAUCGGAAGAAAACUCAGAUACACGAUAGCAUUCUGGCCAUUGCCAAUUCCUUGGAUGAGCACGAGCGAGAGGAACUUAAACGCUGGCAACAUUCACUGCGAAAGGGCCCAAAUGAACGCCCUCUGUGGGGCGAACACAUUCGGGUCAGCUGCACGCCAGCGGAAUCCGUUAACAUCGGCUUACUGACCAAUCUCUCGCCCGAUGCUUUGCUCAAGAAUCGCACGGUUAAGAAAUUCUCCAUGAAGUUCAAGACCAAAUCUGCCCCCGCGAGUGAAAACAAGGGUACGAAUGGCGUCAAGCUUAGCGCCGAACUGCAGUCCUUACUUGACAUAUCUGAGAAACUGGAUGAUGAACAUCUCCUGACUCGCGUGGGAGACAUUUUGAGUUCCAAGCGCAGCAACGAUGAGCUACAGAACGAGCUAAUGGAACUGCUAGGGUUCGAACACUUUGAAUUAGUUGGAAAAUUGCUGCAGGACCGAGCCAAGCUUUCCCUACAGUUAGAACAAUAUGCCAAUCGAUCGCGUCGGCUCAAAGAGGUGAAGCAGAAACGCCUGAAAACAAAUGCCAGCAGUGGUAAGGACGCCGAGAAGCGUCCCACUGUGGCCAGCGCUGUGGUGGUGCAAUCAGCCCAGGAGAAGCAGCUCAGCAAACAGCAGCGCCGCGAAGAGAAGAAAUUGCAGCGUAUUAUGCGCAGCAUCAAAGAUGACUCCCAGGAGGAUGCUGGCUGUGCAGUGGCCGUGUCUGCCCAGCAAUUGCGGAUGCAAUAUCAACGUAAAUUGCUGGAAGCAGCACAAAAGGAACCCCUGCUGCUCACCACAAAAACUGUGAAAGCAGAAUACCGCCAAUCCGCACCCAUUACGUAUCCCUAUGUCUUCGAUAGCCAGUUGGCGGCCAAACAACAUGCCGGAUUCAUUGGUGGUAGCCGCAUUACCCUCCCAGACAACGCUACACGCGUUGACAACAAACAGUGGGAGGAGGUGAGAAUUCCGGCCAGCGAUCCUCCGCCUCUUACUGUGGGAAAUGAACGCAUUCAAAUCUCCAGUCUCGAUGAUAUCGGUCAGCUGGCAUUUGCCAAUUGCAAGGAACUUAAUCGCAUCCAAUCGGUUGUCUAUCCUGUGGCCUAUCAUAGCAAUGAGAAUAUGUUGGUCUGUGCCCCAACGGGAGCGGGCAAGACCAAUGUGGCUAUGUUGUCCAUUGUCCAUACCAUACGCUGCCAUCUAGAGCAGGGACUAAUCAAUAGGGAUGAGUUUAAGAUCGUCUACAUUGCACCCAUGAAGGCUUUGGCCUCUGAAAUGGUUGAGAACUUCUCCAAACGAUUGAAGGCCCUCCAGAUUGUGGUACGAGAGCUGACGGGUGAUAUGCAGCUGACAAAAGCGGAGAUGGCGGCCACUCAAAUUCUCGUGACGACGCCGGAAAAGUGGGAUGUGGUCACACGAAAGGGAAGCGGAGACAUUGCCUUAAUUAAUCUCGUCAAGCUGCUUAUCAUCGAUGAAGUGCAUCUGUUGCAUGGAGAACGUGGUCCUGUGGUUGAGGCUCUUGUGGCACGUACUCUUAGACUGGUAGAAUCCUCACAGUCGAUGAUCCGCAUUGUGGGACUCUCCGCUACUCUGCCCAACUACAUCGAUGUGGCGCAUUUCUUGCGAGUGAAUCCUAUGAAGGGUCUGUUCUACUUUGACUCUCGUUUCCGCCCCGUUCCCCUCGACACAAACUUCAUUGGCAUCAAAUCGGUAAAGCCUCUGCAGCAGAUUGCCGACAUGGAUCAAUGUUGCUAUCAAAAAUGCCUAGCCAUGGUCCAGCAAGGUCAUCAAGUGAUGGUCUUUGUCCAUGCCCGCAAUGCCACUGUGCGGACGGCAAAUGUUAUACGAGAGUUGGCCCAACAGAAUAACACAAGUGCCGCUUUCCUGCCCACUGAUUCGAAUGCCCAUGGCCUGGCCACGCGUUCCAUACAGAAGAGCCGAAACAAACAGCUUGUGGAACUCUUUAGUUGUGGCCUGGCCAUGCAUCAUGCUGGCAUGUUGCGUGCCGACCGCCAAAUGGUCGAGAAGUACUUCAUCGAGGGUCACAUCUCGGUGCUCGUCUGCACGGCCACUUUGGCGUGGGGUGUCAAUUUGCCUGCCCAUGCUGUAAUCAUUCGGGGCACGGAUAUCUAUGAUGCCAAGCAUGGUAGUUUUGUAGAUCUGGGCAUAUUGGAUGUACUGCAAAUCUUUGGACGAGCGGGACGACCCCAGUUCGACAAGAGCGGAGUGGGUACCAUUAUUACAACCUACGACAAGUUGAAUCACUAUCUCUCCCUGCUGACCAAUCAAUUCCCGAUCGAAUCAAACUUUGUGCAAUGUCUGUCGGAUAAUCUGAAUGCAGAGAUUGGACUGGGAACCAUAUCGAAUGUGGAAGAGGCUAUUGAAUGGUUGAGCUACACAUAUCUGUUUGUACGCAUGCGCAUUAAUCCCCAUGUCUAUGGCAUUGAGUAUGCCGAGUUGCAAAAGGAUCCUACGCUAGAGGCACGUCGACGUGCUCUUAUAAUGAGUGCUUCAAUGAAUUUAGACAAGGCCAGAAUGAUGAGAUUCAAUCAACGAACCAUGGACAUGAAUAUCACCGAUCUUGGGCGAACUGCUUCCCAUUUCUAUAUUAAAUACGACACGGUGGAAACAUUUAAUGAGCUGAUGAAACCAUUUAUGAACGAAGCCGAAAUCCUGGCCAUGAUAUCGCAGGCUCAGGAGUUCCAACAGUUGAAAGUUCGUGACGAUGAACUCGAAGAGCUGGACGAACUGAGAAGUUACUAUUGCAAAGUAAAACCAUUUGGAGGUAGUGAAAAUGUGUGCGGAAAAGUCAAUAUCCUAAUUCAGACAUAUCUCUCCAAUGGCUAUGUGAAAUCCUUUUCAUUGAGCUCGGACAUGUCGUAUAUUACACAGAAUAUUGGCCGCAUAACCCGUGCUCUCUUCUCCAUUGUACUGCGUCAGAAUAAUGCCAUUCUGGCGGGUCGCAUGCUGCAGCUCUGCAAGAUGAUCGAACGGAGACAAUGGGAUUUGGACAGUCACUUACGUCAGUUCCCGGCCAUCAAUGUGGAGACCAUAGAGAAGUUGGAGCGACGCGGUCUGAGUGUUUAUCGACUACGCGAUAUGGAACAACGCGAACUAAAGGAAUGGCUGCGCAGUGAUCGUUAUGCCGAACUGGUGAUAAGAUCAGCUCAGGAGUUACCUUUGUUGGAGAUGGAAGCAAGUCUGCAGCCCAUUACACGCACAGUUCUUCGUAUCAAAGUGGACAUCUGGGCGAAUUUCACUUGGAAUGAUCGCGUUCAUGGCAAGACAAGUCAAAGUUUCUGGCUAUGGAUAGAGGAUCCCGAGUCCAAUUAUAUAUAUCACUCGGAACUGUUUCAGAUGAGUCGCAAGGCUGUGUUUAGCGGGCAGGCCCAACAAUUGGUUAUGACCAUACCACUGAAGGAGCCCUUGCCACCACAGUACUAUAUAAGAGCGACUAGUGACAGCUGGUUGGGCAGCACCACAUGCAUUCCCUUGUCUUUCCAGCAUUUGGUUUUGCCCGAACAUCAUCCUCCGCUUACGGAGCUGCUGCCCUUGCGGCCGCUGCCAGUGACAACUCUGAAGAAUGCUCUCUACGAGUCUCUCUACAAGUUCACCCACUUUAAUCCCAUUCAGACGCAAAUCUUCCAUUGUCUUUAUCACACGGAUAACAAUGUCUUACUGGGAGCACCAACAGGCAGUGGCAAGACAAUUGUGGCAGAGAUUGCCAUCUUUCGAGCUCUGAAUAAGGAGCCCAAGUCCAAGGUAGUCUACAUAGCUCCACUUAAGGCAUUGGUAAAGGAACGCAUAGCCGAUUGGCAGCAACGCUUUGAGAGAUCACCGCUGGGCCUGAAAGUGGUGGAACUGACUGGUGACGUAACACCGGAUAUUCAGGCCAUACGGGAAUCUCAGCUUAUUGUUACCACGCCAGAGAAAUGGGAUGGUAUUAGUCGAUCGUGGCAGACGCGAGAAUAUGUCCAGCAUGUGUCCUUGAUCGUAAUCGAUGAGAUUCAUUUGCUUGGCGAAGAUCGUGGCCCGGUUAUCGAAGUCAUCGUUUCCCGCACAAAUUUCAUUAGAUCGCAUACGGGACGCGCCAUUCGCAUUGUUGGUCUGUCUACGGCUCUGGCCAAUGCCCAGGAUCUGGCCAAUUGGCUGGGUAUAACUCGCAUGGGGCUGUACAACUUCAAGCCCUCAGUGCGUCCUGUGCCGCUGCAAGUCCAUAUAAAUGGUUUUCCAGGCAAACAUUACUGUCCCCGCAUGGCCACCAUGAACCGGCCAACAUUCCAGGCCAUACGCACCUAUUCACCCUGCGAACCGACCAUUGUGUUUGUCUCCUCCCGUCGACAGACACGUCUCACGGCUCUGGAUCUGAUCACCUUUGUGGCCGGUGAUGCUAAUCCCAAGCAGUUCCUUCACAUAGACGAAAAUGAAAUGGAACUCAUUCUUCAGAACAUUCGAGACCAGAACCUAAAGUUCUGCCUGGCCUUUGGCAUUGGUUUGCAUCAUGCGGGUCUCCAGGAGGCCGAUCGCAAAUGUGUAGAAGAGCUCUUUCUCAAUCGCAAAAUUCAGGUGCUAGUUGCCACAGCAACUCUUGCCUGGGGUGUGAAUUUACCAGCCCAUUUGGUUGUCAUAAAGGGCACCGAAUAUUUCGAUGGCAAGGUGAAGAAGUAUGUGGACAUGCCCAUAACAGAUGUCCUACAAAUGAUGGGUCGAGCAGGACGGCCGCAGUUCGAUAACGAAGGAGUCGCCGUCGUAUUGGUCCACGAUGAAAAGAAGAAUUUCUACAAGAAGUUCCUAUACGAUCCGUUCCCUGUGGAAUCCAGUUUACUGGGCGUUCUUCCUGAGCACAUUAACGCUGAGAUUGUUGCUGGCACUGUUCAGACCAAACAGGCAGCUCUCGACUAUCUCACAUGGACAUAUUUCUUCAGGAGACUCUUGCGCAAUCCGUCCUACUAUCAGUUGGAAGGCGUUGAGCCUGAGAAUGUCAACAAGUUUAUGUCCAAUCUGGUGGAGCGUGUGGUUUACGAACUUGCAGAGGCCGCCUGCCUGGUGGAACGUGAUGGAUAUUUGGUGCCAACAUUCUUGGGACGCAUUAGCUCCUUUUACUAUCUCUCCUACCGCACCAUGAAACAUUUCCUGGAUGAUCUGCAGCCAGGCAUGAACACCAAGGACGUUCUCUUGGCCAUAGCUGACUCAUAUGAGUUCGAUCAGCAGCCCGUGCGUCACAAUGAGGACAAGUACAACGAGCAAAUGGCUGAUACGAGUCGUUACCGGCCACCAUCAUCCACUUGGGAUUCGCCGUACACGAAAACAUUCCUUCUGCUUCAGGCUCACUUUGCCCGCCAGUCGCUGCCCAAUUCGGAUUAUCUAACGGACACAAAAUCUGCCCUGGACAAUGCCACUCGUGUGAUGCAGGCCAUGGUUGACUAUACUGCAGAACGAGGUUGGCUAUCGACCACUCUAAUAGUCCAACAGCUCAUGCAAUCCGUGAUACAGGCUCGUUGGUUCGAUGCCAGCGAAUUUCUUACCUUACCAGGCGUAACGGAGAAUAAUUUGGAUGCUUUCCUUGACAUUCCGCAUGAGAAUUAUGACUACUUAACAUUGCCCGUGCUUAAAGAAUUGUGUCGAAAUGAUUACGAAGUAAUGGCCGGUCCACUUCGGGAUCGAUUUGAGGAGCACGAAAUUGAGCAAAUGUAUAGGGUUAUUCAAGAUCUGCCCGAAAUGUCUGUGCAAAUUUCAGUAGAAGGUCGUUUUAUGGAAGAAGAUUAUGCCAAGCGAUCUCUAAGUCUGGAAGUGGGAUCAAAGGCUAUGUGGAUGCCAUUGCAUGCCAAUGAGGAUUAUGUUCUGUCCAUAGACAUGCAGCGACUAAAUGUAACCGGAAAGCGACGUGCACCCGGACAGCCCUUCACCGUGCACUGCCCCAAAUAUCCGAAACCCAAAAAUGAGGCUUGGUUCCUUACCCUCGGCUCACAGUCAAGCGAUGAAUUAUUGGCCAUGAAACGGGUCACCGUUCGAGGAAUGCGAUCCGCCAAUCGUAUAUCCUUCCAGGCCACACCCAAGCGGGGACGUUUACAGCUAACUUUGUAUUUAAUGUCCGAUUGCCUGAUCGGCUUUGAUCAGCAAUAUGAUCUUCAUUUUGAGAUUAUCGAUGCCAAGACAAUUUAAGACGAUCUUCCGCAAAACCACACACAACCCUUUUUUGAAAUUAUAGAGACUCUUGUUAGUGAACUAGCUAAUCAUCUAUGUAUAUGUGUAUUUAUUAUGUGAUCCUCUGUAUAUAAGUAUAAACAUUACCAUUAUAUAGAUAGCUUUUCUAAAAAAAAACCUACAACUAUCAUUUAAUUGUUAUAUGUAACAAUCACGCACAUAAAUCGAAUCAGAAGUAUUUCAAA